AAGAAUUUUCUACGCGGCUCCGAAUAAUCAAAAUUCAAUUCCUCCAAUGGCUUCCAGAUUCUCCUCGCGCCUCCUCCGCCAUCUCCACGGCCGCCGCCAAAUGUUCGCCGCCAAUUCCCGACUGCUCGUCCCUCCGAUUGCCGAUUCUCCUUCCACAAUCUCUCAUACCUCUCCCUUCAGCCUCCGCUUUCUAUCCACCCGCCCCCUCCGGCCGACCCGGGCCAAAAAGCCCGACAUCGGAGCCCGAGCCCGGCAGCUCCAAUCACGCCGCCUCUGGACGUACGCUCUCACCUUCAGCGGCGUCGCCGGCUUCAUCAUCAUCGUCCUCUACCAAUUCCAGGAUCAGUUGGUCUUCUACGUCACCCCCACCGAAGCCCUAGAUAAGUACAAUUCCAAUCCUUCCAAAUCUCGAUUCCGCCUCGGAGGCCUCGUCCUCGAGAACAGCGUCGCCGAGAUCCCAUACUCCCAGGAGAUCCACUUCGUCAUCACCGAUUUGCUCACGGAUAUCCUGGUCAAGUACGAAGGAAGUUUGCCCGAUCUCUUCCGCGAGGGUCACUCAGUCGUCGUCGAAGGAUUCGUCCGUCCAGUCGUGGAGGAGAUCAAGAAGAAAGAGGAGGCCAAUUUGAACAGCAACAAAUUGGGGGUUAUGGCGAAAGCGAGGAAUCUGGACUGCUAUUUUAUGGCCACCGAUGUUCUCGCGAAGCACGACGAGAAGUACAUGCCGGCGGAGGUCGCCGCUGCCAUUGAGAAGAACAAGAAAUUGAUCGAGGAAGAGCAAAACAAGAAGGAAGAAGAAACCGGAUGAGAGAGAGAUCAAACUUCACUCCA